AUGUAUGAUUAUGUUCCUCAAGAUAUAUUGGAGAAAAUCCUCCAUCGCCUUCCGCCCAAAAGCAUUGGAAGGUGCAUGGCAGUGUGCAAAUCAUGGAACUUCUUGAUAAAAAAGUUGAUACUCUCAGCUCCUGAUAUAGUUGAGGAAAUCCUCCGUCGCCUUCCGCCUAGAAGCAUUUUAAACUGCAUGGCAGUGUGCAGAUCAUGGAACUUUUUGGUAAAAAAGCGCAUAUCCUCCAUUCCUCUCUUCCUUCUCCAGCACUCAGAUGAUCGCUAUUUUCUAUGCUCCCCAAAUAUCCAAUGCUCCUAUUUAUUGCUUCCUCAUGAUAGUAUAAAGAGUUUUGUAGGGGCUCUCAAUGGUGUCGUUUGCUUUACUUCCCACAAUAAUUUCAAAACCAGGAUCAGCCUCUUUAAUCCUCUGAGAGGUAGAGUGUUAAAGCUCCCAACCUCCCCAAUGAUGGAUGAUUACACUUACCUACAUUUGGGGUUUAGUUUUGAGUUUGGGUUUUGCUUUGAUUCCAAAAAGAAUGAUUUUAAGGUUAUAAGUAUUUGUUACUCUAACGACAUUAGGGUUCAUCCUGUGGUGGAGUUGUAUUCUGUCAACCAAGGUGCUUGGAGGGUCAUCAAUGCUUCUUCUUCACUCAUGCAACCAAGUAUCAAUCUUUCAGACCCUGAAUUGUAUUAUUACCGGAUUGUGCAUUGCGGGCAACAAGUAUUUUAUCAGGGGAAUGUGCAUUGGCUUGCCCGCAAGAAGAUACUCUAUCGAAACCAUGAACAACGACAACCAUCAAUAAUUUACUAUAUACUCAUCUUCAAUGUGGUGGAGGAGAAAUUCAACGAGAUGGUGCUUCCAGAUGUGUUGGCCAAUUUCUUAAGGAGGUUGGACAUUACUGUGAUCGAUGGUUGCCUCUCGCUUAUACAGUACCUUCCUGGUGGUAGCUGUUAUAUAUGGAUGAAGAGAGAGUCAUGGAGUAAUAUUCAGAGUGUUUAUUUAUCAGAGGGAAAGAUUGAACAACUAUUGGGACAGAACAAAAGCUCUGAAGUUUUAGUGCUUCCACAUUCUUCAUGGCCUGGAGAAACAGUGUCAUUGCAUUCCUAUGAUCUCAAGAGUCAAAGGAUGAGAGACCUUGGGGUCGAAAGUACAUUCAUACGUUUAUGUGCUUCUGACUUGACAUACAACUUGAGUUUUCUGGACAAAAAAAGCAAUGGCGAGGGUUAG